GGCGUUCUGCUAAAAUGACCGGACUUGAAAAGUUUUAGGCAAGAUGGGGAAACGAAACUGGAAAAAGAAACUGCAGCGUUUCUUUGGCCCUGGCCCCGGACUUGCCUUUCUUUCGUUACUCGCGCGUACGCUGCCGCUCCGGAGGGCGGGGCCAAGGCCCGCCCCGCCUCUGGAUGGAGAGCGCGCCCUCAUUCAGGAUGGCGUUUAGGAGGCUUCAGACCUGGUACAGCUCUGAUUGGAUAAGGGUCAGAGGGCUUCCGGGAGGUCCCAGUCAGGCUGUGGGACAGCUGAGAAGACUUUGCACGUGGAUCGUCGUUUCGGUGGGCUAGAUGGAGACAGCCCCCCAGCCAGGCAGGGAUCUCCCGCCCAAGAAGGACAAACUUCAGGCCAAGAAGAAGAAACCGCGGCGAUACUGGGAGGAAGAGACCACUCCGAUCGCGGCGGGAGCCUCUCCAGGGCCCCCUCGUAAGAAGAGGAAUCGAGAGCUCCGUCCCCAGAGGCCAAAGAACACUCGCACCCCAAAGAAGUCUCGCAUCUCCAACAAGCCCCAGGUCCCGAAGAAAUCCCUAGAAUGGAGGAAUCCGGAGCCGCAGCAGAUCUUGUCCGGGGCCCAGGACCCGUUCCCGGGCCCCGCCCCCGUCCCUGUGGAGAUGGCUCAGAAGUUCCGUCGCACUGACAAAUCCAAAAAGCUGCCGUAUUCUAAAUCCAAAACCCGAAGUCGACUUGAGGUGGCCGAAGCUCAGGAAGAGGAAAUAAGUGUGAAAGCCGCUCGUUCUGAGCUGCUGCUUGCUGAGGAACCUGGGUUUCUGGAAGGGGAGGAUGGGGAGGACACAGCAAAGAUACUCCAGACGGAUAUUGUGGAGGCUGUGGACAUUGCAAGUGCAGCCAAGCACUUUGACUUGAACUUGCGGCAGUUUGGACCCUAUAGGCUGAAUUACUCUCGAACUGGGAGACACCUGGCUCUUGGAGGGCGCCGGGGUCAUGUGGCCACCUUUGACUGGGUGACAAAGAAGCUCAUGUGCGAGAUCAACGUCAUGGAGGCGGUGCGGGACAUCCGGUUUCUGCAUUCUGAGGCGCUGCUUGCUGUCGCUCAGAACCGCUGGCUUCACAUCUAUGACAACCAGGGCAUUGAGCUCCACUGCCUCCGCCGCUGUGACCGCGUCACACGGCUCGAGUUCCUGCCUUUCCACUUCCUCCUGGCCACAGCUUCAGAGACAGGGUUUCUGACCUACCUGGAUGUGUCAGUGGGGAAGAUCAUUGCAGCUCUGAAUGCUCGGGCGGGACGGCUCGAUGUCAUGACCCAGAACCCUCACAAUGCCGUCAUCCAUCUUGGACACAGCAAUGGUACUGUGUCCUUGUGGAGUCCAGCCGUGAAGGAGCCACUGGCAAAGAUUCUCUGUCACCGUGGCGGGGUCCGGGCUGUGGCAGUAGAUUCUACAGGCACGCACAUGGCCACUUCUGGCUUGGAUCACCAGCUGAAGAUCUUUGACUUGAGAGGGACAUUCCAGCCUCUGAGCGCUCGGACCCUGCCCCAGGGAGCGGGGCACCUGGCCUUCUCCCAGCGGGGCCUGUUGGCUGCAGGAAUGGGUGACGUGGUCAACAUUUGGGCAGGGCAGGGCAAGGCCAGCCCACCCUCCCUGGAGCAGCCCUACCUUACCCACCGGCUCUCAGGCCACGUGCAUGGCCUUCAGUUCUGCCCCUUUGAAGACGUGCUGGGCGUGGGGCACAGUGGGGGUAUCACCAGCAUGCUGGUCCCUGGGGCUGCUGAGCCCAACUUUGAUGGCCUGGAGAGUAACCCGUACAGAAGCCGGAAGCAGCGCCAGGAGUGGGAGGUGAAGGCCCUGCUGGAGAAGGUACCUGCAGAGCUCAUUUGUCUGGAUCCACGAGCCCUGGCAGAGGUUGAUGUCAUAUCUUUGGAGCAGGAAAAAAAGGAACGGAUGGAGAGGCUGGGCUAUGACCCAGAGGCCAAAGCUCCCUUCCAGCCAAAGCCAAAGCAGAAGGGCCGCAGCUCCUCAGCAAGCCUGGUGAAGAGGAAGAAGAAGGUCAUGGAUGAGGAACACCGGGACAAAGUCCGGCAGUGUCUUGAGCAGCAGCCGCAGAAGCAAGAGAAGGCAGUCAAGCCCCUGGGGGCCCGGUCAUCUGCCCUGGACAGAUUUGUGCGCUGAGCCAGGCUCCAGGGUGGUCUAGCAACAACUGUCUCUCCCCAAGAUCACCUGUGGUGAAAUGACCCUGUUCCCAGGGUUGGGGGUGGGCG